GCCGCGAUGGACUGCUACCUGCGAUCCCAGGGCUUGUACCGAAAGAGAGUCGCCAAGGAUGGGUCCUGUCUCUUCAGGGCUGUGGCCGAGCAGGUGUUAUACUCUCAGUCUCGGCAUAUUGAUGUUAGGAUGGCUUGUGUAGACUAUCUUCGGAAAAACAGGGAGAAGUUUGAAGCAUUCAUAGAGGGGCCAUUUGAAGAGUAUUUAAAAUGUUUGGAAAAUCCACAGGAAUGGGUUGGACAAGUAGAAAUAAGUGCCCUUUCUCUUAUGUACAAGAAAGAUUUCAUAAUAUACCGGGAACCGAAUGCUUGUCCUUCACAUGUAACUGAAAAUGGCUUUUCUGAUAAGGUUUUGCUGUGCUUCUCAAAUGGAAACCACUAUGAUAUUGUUUAUCCCAUAGAGUAUUCAGAAAAGGCUGCUCUAUGCCAAUCUCUGCUGUAUGAGUUGCUGUAUGAGAAAGUAUUUGAUACAGAUGUAAAGAAAAUCGUAGCAGAACUUAGUGCUGUUGGUGUGACAGAGGAAAGUAAUGGUAGCAGUGAAGUAUCUGCUUCAGAUUCAGAAGAUGACAACUACAGAAGUAAAGCUACAACAGUUGGUGAUACCAAUGGAUUGAAGUCUCUUUCUGGCAACAAGCACCUCAAGAGCGAUGGAAGUUCUACAUUGUUGGUCUUACCUAAAAAAGUUCUUAUAUCACUCAAUCCAUCAGUUUACAGGAAUGUUGAGUAUGAUGUUUGGCUCCAAUCCAAAUGGGAUCAGCAAAAACAAGAUUUUUCUAUUGCUGCUGGCAUGCAAUACUCAGUUGGAGACAAAUGUAAAGUGUGCUUAGACCAUAAUGGGAAGUUUUAUAAUGCCCAUAUUCAAGAAGUUUGUUCAGAGAAUGGGCCAGUUGUUGUGUUUGUAGAAGAGCUUGGAGCAAAGCAUGCUGUCUCACUGAAGAGCCUUAAACCUCUUCCACAGGCCUCUCCUAUGGAGGGCUGGAACACUGUGCCAGGGAAGAAGAUAAAAAAGUUUUUCCCAGCAUGGGGGCAGAAUGCUCAGCCCGAUGCAGAUUGCAGAGGGCCAAAGAACCAGAGCAAGUCAAUAAAACCUCAGUCAGCACUACCUCCUCGACUUCAGCAUACUGUGGGAACCAGGCAGCAUCAGUUCUUAUGUUCUGGACCCCAGCCUCAUCAGACCUCAGCUGAGCAAAAACCUCCAGGCAGGAAUCCUUCCCAGACUGUAAGAAAACCAGACCGGGAGAGAACCGAGGAUCUGAACCAUGGCAGCAAAGAUUGUAACUACUUUGGCCUGUCUCCAGAGGAACGCAGAGAGAAACAGGCUAUAGAAGAAUCUCGGUCGCUGUAUGAGAUCCAGCAGAGGGAUGAACAAGCUUUUCCUGCUCUUUCCAGUAAUCAGUCAGUCUGUCAGGCGGCUACACAAGCUGUGGAUAAUUUGAACCAGAAAAAGUUUGUAAAUAAUGAAAGAAGAAACAGCAAGUGGACAGCAGAGGUGGAAGAGCAGAAGGAUAAAGAGUCAAAUUCCAGACAGAUCCACUUAAAUCAGAAGCUUGAGCCAAAUUCAUCUGAGAAGAAUAGUCAAGAUGAGAGUUACCCAAAAGCUUCAUCUCCUUUGGAACAAGUAAAACCAGAUUCUCCAAUUCUUGCUGAGCAAGUAAGGAAUGUUUGUUUGAUUUCAAAGUUUUCCAGUCAGGAGACUUCAGACAAAGGGGAGCUUCAUCACAGCCACAACGUGACAGAAUGUUUACCAAGCAUAACUCCAACACCUUCGCCAGUCUUUUCUGAGGUGCAUUUACCUCCAGCAGUGCCUUCUGUACCAGCCAUUGUGCCAGCUUGGCCGAGUGACCCAACAACCUAUGGACCAGCAGGUAUUCCAGCCCAAAUACCUGCUUCUUCAUUGAUGGCAGCCGCAGCCACCGGGCCUGGCUCUUUUUUUUCUUUGCCUCAGACUCUGAAUCCUUAUCAGGAUCCGCUAUACCCUGGAUUCCCUUUUAGUGAAAAGGGAGAAAGAGCUGUUGCACCCUCUUACUCCCUGUGCAGUACUGGGGAAGACUUACCUAAAGAUAAGAAUAUUCUUAGAUUUUUCUUCAAUCUUGGUGUGAAGGCAUACAGUUGCCCCAUGUGGGCACCCCAUUCUUACUUGUACCCGCUGCACCAGGCCUAUUUAACUGCUUGUAGAAUGUACCCAAACGUGUCCGUCCCUGUGUACCCGCACAACCCCUGGUUCCAGGAGGCUCCACCGACUCAGAAUGAAAACGAAACUGCACGGACAAACAGGCACUUUGCUGUUCCGAGCGAGACCAGAUCCAACGGUCAAAUUCCACAGGUUGACAGCAGAUCUCCAUCACUGCCUCUGAUUAUGCCUACAGCUCAGGUGUCAGAAAGUCAAGGACAGGUCUGUGUAGAAUCGGAGAAUCCAGUGCAAGCUCUUCACGCAAACUAUGAGGAGUCCCUGCGAGGGAAAAAUAUGUUCCCACAGCCCCCCUUUGGACACAAUCACUUCCUAGGAGCUGUGCCAAUAGCACCUCCUUUCUUUCCUCACUUUUGGUAUGGGUACCCAGUUCAGGGUUUCAUUGAAAAUUCUGCAGCAAGACCUAAUGUUGUCAUGUCACCUGAGGACAAAGAGGCAACAGCUGGCACCUCUGCAAACAUGUAUGUGGCUAAAGAAUGCAGCCCUCCAGUUCCUGUAGUAAACUGUGCAGAAGCGCUUCAGAAGGCUACCAGCAGCGGUGGCUCGAACAGCGUGCCAUUCCUGGUGGCUGGUGCAGGCAGUGAGUGCAGUGCCCCAAAAGAAGCUUCAGCUAGGGCACCUCAGUUGGAGCAACCUUGUCCUUCAGCUUCUUCUGCUAAGCAAAAAACAGCCGGGCAGCAAAAUCAUUCUCCGCAAGUACAGGGGAUGGAGAGGCAGGCAGCGGUGCCCAGCACUCCACCACUGUCGGCAGAACCACUGAAAAAUGAACUGAAAAACAGAAUUUGCAGUCGUAAGGAGAAGAUGGAUAAAGGUUCCAAGGGCGCUGGUAAUCUGCAGGCAGAGAGAACAAGGGAAGAGAGCUCUGAAGAUGAGAGUGAAGUUUCCAAUAUGCUGAGAAGUGGCAGAUCCAAGCAAUUCUAUAACCAGACUUACGGAGGAGGCAGGCGGCCUAGACUUGAGUGGGGUUAUUCCAGCAGGGGAGGAUACCAGUUCCAGAGAAAUGAGGAGGCCUGGAAAGGACCACCCGGCAGAGCCAGGGAUGAUGGCUACCAGUACCAGCGAAACUUCAGGGGCAGGCCAUACAGGAAUGACCGGAGAAGGGCAACGCUGGGAGAUAAUCAGAGGGGGCAUCAAGCAUAG